AAAAAACAUAAAUAUCAAAUCCGUACUUGGAACAAAAAAAAGUUGGGUUUAAAGUUUUCUCAAGGCGGUGGGCCGUGGGCUAUCGAUAACCACCGUUCAAAACCAUCAUCCACCAUGGACACCGCCGCCGGUACGGAGACGGAAAUGGACGAUCGAGGUAAAGAGACCGCCGUUGAAUCUCUUCUUCUGCUGAACUCGACUACGUUCCAUCACGGAGAGAAGGUGCUGGAUUAUUGUAGAGGCGGCAUUCACGAAGCAAAGGACAAAGCGGUUUUAUGUUCAUGUAAGAAUGUGACUAAUGAUUCUACUCAAUCUACUGAUCCUUCACAUGAAUCUGGUCCUGAAGUUCAUGUAUCCGAGGCAGAGGAUGAAGAUCUACAACUUGAUCCGAUCUUUUCAGUUCCCCCUUCACAGUUUGAAGGAGCAGCUGCUUGUGAUAUCAAUGAUAUGUUAUCUUCACUUGCCCCCUUACAAUCUGAAACUUCGGAUGAUGAUGUCUUAAUGUCGAAGAGGGAUUUUAAAAUUUUGAACAGGAAGUUAAAACUUCUGUUAGAGUUUUCUGAAUCAAUUUCUCAGCCUACUCCUUCUACUCAAUUCCAAAUGUCUGAGCAGUUUUAUACUGAACUGAAAUCGAAGAUUGACAAUCAAGAAAAGAUGAUUAAAGAUGAGAUUGAUAGGUUGGUUUCCGAAUGGUCAAAGAAAUUUGCUGCUCAAGAUACAACAAUUAAAAGCCUCGUAGAUGGGAUUUCAAGUAUUCAAGAAAAGAGCAAGGAUUUUGGGAAAUCAAUUGAUACUUUGGUAGAAGAGAUUCGUGAAACUCAGGUUGUUUAUUCUUCGGAUAUGCAAAAGAAAUUGGUUGAUACGAAGGAAAGGGAAGCCGCUUCGAAGAAAUUUUUGGAUGAUGCUUUGGGACACAUCAAAUUUUUGGAGCCAAAUGUCCAGGUGUAUGAUUACAAGGCACUUACAUAAUCAUACAAUGUGCUUUAAAAUUCUCAAAGAUUGUGCUCUGUCAAAACUUAACUUAAUUGUAGUUCGUAUGUGUUUCUUACCAAUGGAUUUUCUAGUCUCGAUAUAUGG